UUAUGCGUUAAGUGAAUUGUAUUGUGUAUGAAUAAUGUAGCUAGGAUGUCUACAGUUAUAUAUCUCUAUUUUCUAGUAUUAUUAAUUAUAUAAUAAAACAUUUGAUUAUACUGCUGAACGUUAGGGGCCUGAGUUUCACGGAGGUACUGCAAACGUCUCGGAACUGAAACAGACACGAACAGAGAUGCAGCGAGACAAAACAAGCAGCAGCGCCGGUGGGGCUGAAAAGCCCGACCGGGAGGCCGCCAUCAUGUCCAAAUACUACGACGGAGUUGAGUUUCCUUUCUGCGACGAGUUCUCCAAAUACGAAAAAAUGGCAAAAAUAGGACAAGGAACCUUUGGGGAGGUGUUCAAAGCAAAGCACAGGCAGACCGGGAAGAAAGUUGCCCUGAAGAAAGUUUUAAUGGAAAAUGAGAAAGAAGGGUUCCCCAUCACAGCUCUGAGAGAGAUCAAAAUCCUGCAGCUGCUCAAACACGAGAAUGUCGUCAACCUGAUCGAGAUCUGCAGGACCAAAGUAAAGGUCAACACAGAGAGAAGAGCUUCGAUGACAGCGACUCAGUUCAACAGAUACAAAGGCAGCAUCUACCUGGUGUUUGACUUCUGUGAGCAUGACCUGGCCGGGCUGCUGAGCAACGCAAAUGUAAAGUUCACCCUGGCAGAGAUCAAGAAGGUCAUGCAGAUGCUGCUCAACGGUUUAUACUACAUCCACAGAAACAAGAUCCUUCACAGAGAUAUGAAGGCAGCCAACGUGCUCAUCACCAGAGACGGAGUCCUGAAGCUGGCUGACUUUGGGUUGGCUCGAGCCUUCAGCCUGGCCAAAAACAGCCAGGGGAACCGCUACACCAACCGCGUCGUCACACUCUGGUACAGACCUCCAGAGCUGCUGCUAGGUGAGCGAGACUACGGCCCGCCCAUCGAUCUGUGGGGAGCAGGCUGCAUCAUGGCAGAGAUGUGGACCAGGAGUCCCAUAAUGCAAGGCAACACUGAGCAGCAUCAGCUCACGCUCAUCAGCCAACUCUGUGGCUCCAUCACUCCAGAGGUGUGGCCUGGCGUGGAUAAGAAGUACGAGCUUUACCAGAAAAUGGAGCUGCCUAAAGGUCAGAAGAGGAAGGUGAAGGACCGUCUCAAAGCCUACGUCAAAGACCCGUACGCCCUGGAUCUGAUCGAUAAACUCCUGGUCCUGGACCCGGCCCAGCGCAUAGACAGCGACGACGCUCUCAACCACGACUUCUUCUGGUCCGACCCCAUGCCGUCAGAUCUGAAAAACAUGCUCUCCACCCACAACACCUCCAUGUUUGAAUACUUGGCCCCGCCCAGGAGGAGAGGCCACAUGCCACAGCAGCAGCCCAACCAGAACCGGAACCCGGCCACGACCAGCCAGACCGAGUUCGAUCGAGUGUUUUAGUGGUUGGAGAAGGUUACGGACAGUUGUUUGAGUUCCCUUACCGGCCGUAUGUUAUGGACAGCUACACAUUCCUUCUCUUGGUUUGCAGUUUGCAUUACUUGGUGGUCUUUACAGUUCUUAAUAAGAUCAAUGUUCUGUGAGUUUAUUGCAAACGAUGCAAUGUGUCUGGGGGGACGAGGACCAGGAGGACUGUUAUAACGUUCAGAUUGAUAAAGAACCAUUUGCAAGCCGAGCCAAGUUCUUCUUCCAGCUGACAAUGACUGCUGAGGCUUGGGUGUGUUUGCUUUGCUGCCUUGAUUCAACAAGGCCCCUGUUCAUUUUUAUUUUUUAUUAGUAUGUGCAUUUUAGUUGUUUUACAUUUUCAAACACAAUUACCAUUUUGUAUAAAAAUAGCUCGCUUAAAAAGGCUGUUCAGUAUAUUCAGGUUUUUAUUUAUAUUAAGAAACUUUUAUUGAAACCGUUUUACAAGGACGCCACACAUUUCUGAACACAUGGUGGAAUGUGACAAACCCAAAAUAAAAAUGGUUAUUGUUCAACUUGA